ACAGGUUGUUUGCUGUAGUAGGAGGCGCGCGCGCGUGUGUGUGACUGCAGCUGUGACGUCAUUCACGCACUGACUGACAGUAUCUGUCAUACCGUUCACUGACGUUGAGUCUUUGUCUUUUCUCCAUCCUACACACACACACACACACCUUCUGAUGUGAUAUCAGCUCAUUUCUGCAGGAGCCGCGAGCACGAGCGAUGCGCGCACACGACACCUGCACGACUCGGCGUUCAUAGAGGGAACAUCAUUGUCAGUCGUAUCUCAGUCUAGUUUUUGAAGAUAAAGAAUGUAUUUCUUGUUGUAAAGGGACACCCCACAGUUACUGGAGGACAUGACUCUUCUGUCUCGCAUCAUGCGCUCUGUGUUCCUCCGUCCGGAGACUCUGUUCCUGCUGUGUGUCAGUCUGGCUCUCUGGAGUUAUCUCUUCCACACGGAUGAAGUGAAGACUAUCGUCAAGUCCAGCAGAGACGCCGUGAACAUGAUGAAGGGGAAGGUGGUGGAGAUGAUCCAGAAUGAUGAAGAGUUCAGUAACACAUGGCAGUACAGGAGUCACAGUGCUGCAGUGUACUCGAUUCAGGGCAGGAGGGAACACAUGGAGGACCGAUUCCACAUCCUCACCGACACACUGAACAAGAGCCAUCCGGACAUCUAUGGGGUGUUUGAUGGGCACGGGGGACAGUCGGCAUCAGAGUAUGUGAAGUCUCGUCUUCCGCUCAUGUUGCGGCAGCAGCUGCAGAAAGAGAGCAGCGUUCAGUCGCAUCAGUCCAUCCUCACACAACAGAUCUUCAACAUGGACAGAGAGAUGCUGGACAAACUGUCCGCCUCAUAUGACGAGGCAGGUACGACGUGUCUGGUGGCUCUGCUUUCUGAUAAGCAGUUGACUGUAGCUAAUGUUGGCGACUCGCGGGCUGUACUGUGUGAUAAAGACGGGGAUGCUGUACAGCUGUCACAUGACCACAAACCGUACCAGCUCAAAGAGAGGAAGAGGAUCAAGAAAGCAGGUGGCUUCAUCAGUUUCAACGGCUCGUGGCGUGUACAGGGCGUUCUCGCCAUGUCACGUUCCCUUGGUGACUACCCGCUCAAGAAGCAGAAUGUGCUGAUCUCUGAUCCUGACGUCAUGACCUUUGACCUGGACAAACUGCAGCCGCAGUUCAUGAUUCUGGCAUCCGAUGGGCUUUGGGACGUGUUUAGCAACAAGGAGGCUGUGCAUUUCAUCAAACAGCGACUCAACGAACCACAUUUCGGCGCGAAGAGCAUCGUCCUGCAGUCUUUUAACCGCGGCUGCCCGGACAACAUCACGGUGAUGGUGGUGAAGUUCAAGAAAAGAGCCUCGAAAGCUGCUGGACAGUGAAAAUAAUAAUGUGUAAUAACGCCAUACAAACAGAUAUUACUAUGAGAGAAUGACUGAAUGAAUAACUUACAUUAUGCACAUGUUUGAAGGGAAUCAUUCUGUUAUCAGUUUUCACCCUCAUUUCAGACCUUUAUGACUUUCUUUCUUCUGUAGAACACAACAGGUGAAUUUUAGAAGAAUCUUCAAGCAGCUCUUUUCUACAACAACACUUCAUAGUGACCAUGACUGUCAUGCUCCACAAAGGACACAAAAACACCAGAACAGUGCCAGAAAAUGAAAGCAGUCCACAGGACUCGUGCGCUAUAAUGUGCCAUUUUAGACUAAUUCGAUUUGAGAAUUGAAAAAGAUUAUCAGUGAAAAGUGGCCUGAUAUUGAGUCUGUUCAUCAAAUAAAACUGUUGCAUAUCUUCAGAACAAUGGGAAGUGCACAAGGUGUAUGAAAUACUUUUAUGGUGCUUACUGGAGCUUCCUUUUUAUAAUCCACUGAACAGCAUACGGGUUUGUAAUGAUAUGAAGGUGAGUAAAUAAUGACAGAAUUGUAAUUGUUUUAUUAUUAUUUGUUGAAAAUAAAGAAAAAAAGACCAUUUUUUGAAACUGCAACUAUUUGUUAUGACAUUUAUGUUGCAAACGUAAGCAAAUCUAUCAUUUAAUACUUUAUUAUUGAGUUGUCGCUGGUAGUGAGAUUACGUACGGAUAAUAUAUAUGACUGUGGAGCGGGCGUCUGAGAUCAGCAAUACACAACAUACAAUUAUUCAUUAAAAACUCAUUCUUUAAGUUGUAUAAUUGAUAUAAGCUCAGGCUGUUUAUGGCAUUAAUUAUCAGUUCUGUACAUUUUAAAAACAUGUAGAAAACAAUCAAAGGCAUUUAAGGUCAUCAUUGCUAUACAAUCAAGAACAUCUGUAAUGAAACUUUUUUAUAUAUUGCAGGUUUAUCUGAUUUCUCAACAUCUUUCAACACAUUGACUGGAUGUUUGUUGCCUUAUUUUUACGUGUCUUAUCAUUUGUGUCAUAUACACAUCACAUGUAAACGGACAUCUUUCAGAGACAAAAGAAUAACAGUGUGAAUGUUUAUAUUAAAUAUCAACACCAGUUAAACAAUCGUGCAUCUAACUCUUUAAUACACUAGACAAGAAAACAAACACUUUUUUAGUUCUGUGUUGAAGAAUGUUCAUGUACAGUUUUCUUUUGUUUCUUUACAGACGUUUUAUGUAAUUAAUGAAACUCAAAACACAAAAGUGUAACAAUAAAAACAUCAGAAACUGGCUUCUUGUCAACAAGGUUACUCUGCUUUCUUAAAUGAACAUGAAUAAAAUGGGUUUUACAUACAUUA